CUCUACCUCUGGACACAGCGCUGCUCACAAUGCCAUCGCUCCUCGACCUCCCACGCGAGGUCAUUCGCGCCAUUGCACUCGACAUUUACGACCCGCUGGAACUCACCCAACAGGACAGGCUGACAUGGGGCAUCUUCUCAACCGUGGACAUGCACGAAGAGCGCCAAGACGCACUCUUCUCACUCAUCGCACUCGGUGACACCUGCCGCAAGAUUCGACGCGAGGUGCGCGUCAUCCUCUUCCGCUGUAUCCGCAUCCCAACCGUCUACCAUGCGUAUGAGGCUGCAAAAUACGACUGGGCUCCGUUUGUGAGGAGUAUCAUCAUCGACCUCACAAUGUUUGACCUGGACGAGGCGCCGAGGAAUGAGCGCCGACCACGCUCAUGCUGGCAUGAGAGCGCUCUACUCUCACGCAUGAUCAAUGCCCUGCCAUGCCUUCAGCACAUCUCAUUCUUUGCCGAUGCUAGCGACGACUCUACCUUGUCACUCCUCUUCGCGUCGAUCAUUGAUCACCCCUCACGCCACGCGCGCCCUCAGCCAGACGACGAGGCGUACGAGAUGCAGCCGAUCGCCACACGGCUCAAGUCCUUUGGGUGGCGCCAGCGUGCUGCCCCGCCAAGUGGCUUCCGCACGUUCUCGCAAACAUCGACAUUCGUGUCGACAAUGCACGUCCUGCGCCACGCGCACAACCUGUCGUUCCUGGUGCUCGACGCCGACAUGGACGAGAUGGGGUCGAGCGACAUCCUGUCGGCCGUGCGCGAGUUGGCGAAACGCGAGGCGCCACUUGGCCAGGAGCCUGCCAAGGUCAGCCUCAUGCUUUGCGGUCCCAUCGCAGGUUGGGAAGAUGGAUUCCUCGACCAGCUCGUCGACACGUUCAGAGACAUUCGGGAGCUGUUCCUUGACCGGCCGCUGAAAAAGCUGAUUCGGGCUGGGGACGAUGAGAAUGAGUUUGUCAAUGUCCUCGCACCCUUGCAGGCGCUGCCAUACCUGCAGCUGGUCCAGGUCGGCUCGUACACGUUCAGCCUCGAGACGCAGCGGGAUAUUGCGCUUCGACUCGCGCUCAUGUGCCCUUCGCUCGUUGUCAUUGGUCUGCUGGGGUCUGAAGGCGAUACCACCUGGUGGGGUGCGUGGCGUGGUGCCGGCGAUGCGGUGUACAUCCGCCCGAUGGGUGACGGCCACCUAUUCCUGCUCGAGGACUGCGCGCGGGCGUCGCGUCGGCCGUCGCUCGCUGGCAUCGAGGAGCUCAUUUCCAAAUCACGGCGCGCGUCAUUCCAGAGCGACGGCGGCGGUAUGGUGCGGUCCCGCCGGUCGUCUGUCGGCGGAACCGACGAGGGCUCUCGAUCUCGGCGUUCAUCGUUUGGUUCUCUGGCCACAGACGAGGACCCUGUCAGGAUUAAGCGGUCCUUCCUCGCCUCGAUUGACGACAAGCUUCGGCCGUUGUCGGCAAUCGACCCUGGCAAGGUGUUCGAGUCCCAGACCCAGCCCCCGAAGAACACCAAUUUCGCCGCAUCACGUGUAGCCAUCUAG